AUGGAUGGAGUGAGAAAAGAAACUGAAAAUGAUUCUUUGCUUCUAGAUUCCCUUGCCAGCUCCUCACCUUUGGAUCCAUUCCUACGUCCCUUGGAUUCCAUUGAACCCUGGAACUUUCACCUGAUUUCUGCCUUGAUGUUCUUGGUUACCUUCCUGUCCCUCACUGAAAAUUUCACGGUCAUCCUGGUGACUCUGAAGUUCAAACAGCUGAGGCAACCUCUCAACUAUGUCAUAGUGAAUCUCUGUGUGGCUGAUUUCCUUGUCUCCUUGAUUGGGGGCACCAUCAGCUUCUUCACAAACCUGAAGGGCUACUUUUACAUGGGUCGCUGGGCAUGUGUGCUGGAAGGAUUCGCAGUCACAUUCUUUGGAAUAGUUGCUCUUUGGUCACUUGCUCUCCUUGCAUUUGAGCGCUACAUUGUGAUUUGUCGCCCCUUGGGAAAUAUGCGCCUCCAAGGGAAGCAUGCAGCUCUGGGAAUAGCAUUUGUGUGGAUUUUCUCCUUCAUCUGGACUAUCCCUCCUACAAUGGGAUGGAGCAGCUAUACAACCAGCAAGAUUGGAACUACCUGUGAACCCAACUGGUAUUCCAGAGACUACAAUGACCAUACCUUCAUUAUUACGUUCUUUACCACGUGUUUCAUACUACCUUUACUGGUGAUUUUGGUGUCCUAUGGAAAAUUGAUGCGGAAACUUAGAAAGGUUUCAGAUACUCAAAGCAGAUUAGGGGCUACCAGAAAGCCUGAAAGACAAGUUACUAGAAUGGUUGUCAUUAUGAUCCUUGCAUUUUUAAUCUGCUGGUCUCCUUAUGCAGCCUUCUCAAUCUUGGUUACUGCCUGCCCUUCUAUUGACUUGGACCCUCGCCUUGCUGCAAUUCCAGCUUUCUUUUCAAAGACAGCUACAGUUUAUAAUCCAGUUAUCUAUGUCUUUAUGAACAGUCAGUUCCGGAUGUGCCUAAUUCAACUGUUUGGAUGCAGUGAACAAGAGACAGCAGACUCCAAAAUGAACGCAGACUCCAAUAUGAAUCCAGAGAAGGCCACACUGACAUGCAGCAGACACAGUGGGGAGAUGUCAACAGUGGCAGCCCUGGUUACCAUCUUCAACCACAGAAAUGAGGAUGAAGGCAGCAGCUGCCAUUCCUUUGCCCACCUGACAGUUUCAGAAAACAAAGUUUGCCCAAUGUGA